AUGAUGUAUUCUUUCUCGCAUCACCGUCUUAAUUUCCCCAGUUUAUUCUCUUCCCAUAAACGUCGCGCAUCGCAUCUCUUCUGCAUGAAUAAGGUGGACCCCAUAAUAGAGAAGAUCGCCACCUGUAUCAACCGACAUUUGAGUCUACAGGAUGAAGACUAUACGCUUUCCAAGUUCAUACUGAACUUGUAUAAAGAAUCUGGAGCCUCUGAUGUGUCUCGAUUUUCAGAAACUCUCAAGAAAAAUGGAGGCGAGUUUCCAUCUCAAUUUGUCGAUGACAUUUACAACAUUUUACUGAAUCCUAUAAAGAAAGAAUCUCAACCUUAUCCUGUCAAGUCAGAGCCCAUUUAUUCUGGCUUAUCGCUUCCUAAUGUGAAAAUCGAACCCCAGGAAUCUCACAUCAAGAAAGAGCCCAAAAUCAAGAAAGAGUCCCAAAUCAAAGAUGAGAUUCCCGGUAGUGAAGGCUAUGAGCCGAAAUUAGAAGUGGGGGAGAUUGUGACUGGAGCUGUGAGUAAUAUAGUUCCUUAUGGAGCUUUUAUUCGUUUGCAAUCUGGUAAAAAGUCGGUGGUUGGGUUAUGCCAUGUUUCGCAGUUAACGUUCACUGGAACCAAAAUCCUGUCACCAUCACAAGUUGUUAAAGUCGAUCAGCAGGUGUUUGUGAAAAUUACCAAAAUAGAGACACAAGGGCGGCGUGAGAGGUUUAGCUUGUCUAUGAGAGGUAUAGAUCAAGAUACAGGGUUAGACAAGUCACAGGAACUUCAAGAUUUGGCAGAAGAAGAACAAGUAGAAAGAGAGAAGAGAAAGUUGCAGCGUCAAGGAACGGCACAAAAAAGACGACGACUCACUUCUCCGGAGAGAUGGGAAAUUAGACAACUUAUAGCUUCAGGAGCAGUUGAUGCUAGUGAAUACCCUGAACUCAAUGAUAUUAACACCUCAAAUGAUCUUGACCAUUCUGGCGGCGAAGAAGAUAAUGCUAAUAUGGACCAGGAAGUGGAAAUUGACAUUGAGCUUAACGAUACUGAGCCUGGUUUUUUGAAGGGCCAGGUCAAAGAAGCGAUCGAGUUGGCACCCAUAAAGAUUAUCAAGAACCCAGAAGGAUCCAUGGAACGGUCUGCCAAAAAUGGAUCGAGUUUAGCCAAGGAGUUCAAAGAAGCUAAAAUCAACGAAGAGCAGGCGAAGCAAAAAGAGAGUUAUUCACAAGAUCCUCUUCGUAAAGUAAGAGACGAAGUUACGACCCUGGUGAUAUCAGAAUGGAGAGAGAAAGAAAAGAAAACCAAAGUUUCAUUUGGUAAACGUACAAACUUGCCUAUUAAAGAACAAAGAGAAACCUUGCCAGUUUUUUCUAUGCGUGAUGAUAUUGUGAAAGCUGUUCGAGAAAAUCAGUUUCUUGUCAUUGUAGGUGAAACAGGUUCUGGUAAAACUACGCAGAUAGUUCAAUACCUUUAUGAGGAAGGGUUUAACCAACAAGGUGACCAGACCAAAUUGAUUGGGUGCACUCAGCCUAGGAGAGUGGCAGCAGAGUCUGUUGCCAAGAGAGUUAGCGAAGAAGUUGGAUGUAAGAUCGGAGAAACUGUGGGCUAUACGAUCCGUUUCGAUGACAAAACUGGACCUAAUACCAGAAUAAAGUAUAUGACCGAUGGUAUGCUUCAACGAGAAGCACUAAAUGACAAGGAGAUGAGCAAGUAUUCCGUGAUAAUGUUAGACGAAGCUCACGAAAGAACUAUUGCAACUGAUGUUUUGUUUGCUUUGUUGAAGCAGGCAGCGCUGAAAAACCCCAACCUCAAAAUCAUAGUAACAUCUGCUACCCUUGAUUCGGAAAAGUUCUCGAAUUACUUUUUCAAUUGCCCUAUUAUGAAGAUUCCAGGCAGAACAUUUCCGGUGGAAAUAAUGUAUACUAAAGAACCUGAGGUUGAUUACUUGGCUGCUGCGUUGGAUUCGGUGGUUCAAAUUCAUGUUUCAGAAGGUCCAGGUGACAUUUUGGUUUUCUUGACCGGUCAAGAAGAGAUCGACAUGAGUUGCGAAAUCCUAUACCAGCGAAUGAAGGUGUUGAGAGAAGCUGCUGGUGAACUAAUAAUUUUACCUGUUUAUUCAGCACUUCCUUCAGAAAUGCAAAGUCGUAUAUUCGAGCCAACACCAGCGGGAGCUCGUAAGGUGAUCUUGGCCACUAAUAUCGCAGAGACAUCGGUUACCAUUGAUGGGAUAUACUAUGUAAUUGAUCCUGGAUAUGUCAAGAUCAAUGCAUUUGACUCAAAGUUGGGCAUGGAUACUUUGAAAGUUUCUCCCAUUAGUCAAGCACAAGCGAAUCAAAGAAGUGGACGUGCUGGACGUACUGGACCUGGAAAGUGCUACAGGCUUUAUACUGAAGCAGCAUAUCGUAAUGAGAUGCUUCCCAACACAGUUCCUGAAAUACAAAGACAAAACCUUGCCUAUACCAUCCUAAUGUUGAAGGCCAUGGGCAUAAACGACCUCGUCAACUUUGAGUUCAUGGAUCCCCCUCCAGCCAGUACUAUGGUUACUGCACUCCAGGAUUUGUACACACUUUCUGCCCUUGGCGACGACGGGUAUUUGACGGGUUUGGGUCGUAAAAUGGCAGAUUUUCCUAUGGAUCCUGGUCUUGCAAAGACGCUUAUUGCCUCGGUUGAGUUUGGAUGUUCGGAAGAUAUCUUGUCGAUUGUGGCCAUGCUUUCUGUGCAAUCGGUAUUCUACAGGCCCAAAGACAAGGCGGUUGCAGCAGAUCAGCGGAAGGCUCGAUUCCACAGUCCAUUUGGUGACCACUUGACGUUGCUCAACGUAUACCGAGCAUGGUCUAUGAACGGGUCCAGCAAACAAUGGUGUUCCAAUAAUUUCAUUCACGAGAGAAGUAUGAGACGAGCCCAGGAAGUGAGAAGACAACUUGUGACUAUUAUGCGGCGGUUUGGGCAUGAAAUCGUUACAUGUGGAACCAAAGUUGACCGUAUUAGGCGUGCCUUGUGCAGUGGAUUUUUCAAGAAUUGCGCCAAAAGGGACCCUCAGGAAGGUUUCAAAACUUUGGUGGAAGGAACCCCAGUGUCUUUGCACCCGUCUUCACUGUUGUUCAACAAAAAUCCAGAAUAUGUCAUUUAUCACACUUUGCUUUUAACCACCAAAGAGUACAUGCAUUGUGUUACUGUGAUAGACCCUCGUUGGCUUCCAGAGUUGGCGCCUGCUUUCUUCCGUGCCUCCAAUCCAGCACAGCUCAGUGACAAGAAGAAGAGACAAAAAAUUGUGCCGCUUUAUGAUCGGUUUUCCAAAGACCAAAAUCUGUGGAGACUCAGUGCCCAUGCCGAGACCAAGCGCAAGGCGCUUGAAUUGUUGAAUGAUAAUGCGUAA